AUGGUCAAGAUCGAUCUCUGGAAACAGAACACAGGAACAGAGCGAUCCCGGGCCUCUUGUAACCUGGCUGAAUAUUUUCCAGGUUACCUAACCAAGCUCCUGCAAAACCACACUGCCUAUGCCUGCGACGGGGACCACUUGAAGCUUCAGUGCCCUCGGCAUUCUACGAUAAGUGUCCAGUCGGCAUUUUACGGGCAAGAUUACCAAACGUGUAGCACACAGCCACCUGCCUCCCAGCGGGAAGACAGCUUAACCUGUGUGGCGCCCACCACGCUGCAGAAGGUGCUGGACGAAUGCCAGAACCAGCGGGCCUGCCACCUCUUGGUCAAUAGCCGUGUUUUUGGACCUGACCUUUGUCCAGGAAGCAGUAAAUACCUCCUGGUCUCCUUUAAAUGCCAACCUAAUGAAUUAAAAAACAAAACCGUGUGUGAAGACCACGAGCUGAAACUGCACUGCCACGAAUCCAAGUUUCUUAACAUCUACUCUGCGACCUACGGCAGGAGGACCCAGGAGAGGGACGUCUGCUCCUCGGAAGCCGAGCGGCUCCCCCCCUUUGAUUGCUUGUCUUACUCGGCUUUGCAAGUCUUAUCCAGGAGGUGCUACGGGAAACAGAGAUGCAGAAUCCUUGUCAACAAUCACCAUUUCAGGAGCCCCUGUCUGCCGGGAGUGAAAAAAUACCUCACCGUCACCUACGCUUGCGUCCCCAAGAACAUACUCUCAGCGAUUGAUCCGGCCGUUGCCAAUCUAAAACCGACUUUGAAGCAGAACGAUGGUGAAUAUGGUAUAAACUUUGACCCAAGUGAACCGAGGGUUCUGAGGAAGGAUGGAGUUAUUGUCAGCCACUCCCUGGCGGCAUUUGCCUACAUUAGAGCCCACCCUGAGAGAGCCGCCCUGCUGUUCGUGUCCAGUGUCUGCAUCGGUCUGGCACUCACGUUGUGUGCCUUGGUCUUCAGAGUGUCCUGCACCAAGGACUUCCGGGAGCUGCAGCUGGCGAGGGAGCACCUGGUGCCAGGAAGUGACAAGGCCGAGGAGGACAGCCAGGAUGAAGACGGGGAGGAGGACUCCUCUGACUCUGAUUUUCCAGGGGAACGGUCAGGAUUCUGUAGGACUACAUAUCCUGUUUACAGUUCUAUAGAGGCUGCAGAGCUGGCAGAACGGAUUGAGCGCAGGGAGCAAAUCAUCCAGGAAAUAUGGAUGAACAGUGGUUUGGACACUUCACUCCCAAGAAACAUGAGCCAAUUCUACUGAAAACUAGAUGCAUCUUGAUGCUACCACACUUCCUGAAGAGGGAAGGAGAUCCAAAAUGCCCCUCCGGUUCUGUCUCACUUGUACCUUCUAUGAAGGAGAAUUUGUCAUGUCAUCCAAUACUGGGGAAGCCAGAAAGCUCUUAAAGGGACAUUUCAAACUGUUUACAGCACAUUUCAAAAUAAAUUAGGAGGGAAGAA